GUGUGUGUGUGUGUGUGUGUGUGUGUGUGUGUGUGUGUGUGUGUGUGUGUGUGUGUGAGUUUGUUAUUUUCUCGUGUGAACAUGUGUGCAAAGAGACACGGAUAAGAGAUGGACAAGUAUCAAAACAUCUUUGUGAUACUAAGUGAAUGAAGAAUCCACACAAUAACCCACACUCUGCGGACACACAAGUGCCCGUGAAGGCGUACACACACACACACACACACACACACACACACACACACACACACACACACACACACACACACACACACACACACACACACACACACACACACACACACAGUGGGCAUCUGUUCAUUGAAAUAAUUGUCAUUAACACUUUCGGGCCGUGACCCCCUUUCUCAUGGCCAACCGGGUGUCUAGGGUGGACGGUGUGUGGCAGGGAUUGUGUGUGUGGAGAGAAGACUCUGCCUGGAAGGACAAGGAUCAAGCUAUUAGCUAGGGGGCUGUAGGAGAUGGACGGGACGGCUGAUUUGAUUGCUGACCGCGUCGGAGCUUCAAGUGUGGCUCUCGAGCUGCGAUGCUUUCCAAAACACGCUUGCUUUUUUAGUUUCUAGUGAUAACAGUUAGUAUAAUAAUAAUCUCUACAAUGUGUCGUAUUUUAUUUGAAUUUGUUAAAUAAAUCUAUUCGCCCAUGUGCGAUUAAUUUGUUACUUUGACCACUUUGUUACUUUAACACACACGGCAGAGAAACAAGUGCGCGCUACACCUUCGCAAAAGGGUGGAUGGUGUUAAUAGCAUAGUUCGGAGCAUAUGGCUAAAGUGAUUAUAAGCAAGUGUGUUAAUGUUGAUUGAAUAUGCUAUUCUAUUACUCUAAUGUUAGUGGGCUGCUGAUAAUCCAAGGCCCGUGGUUAUGGAUAUUAGAGAAGAGGAAAGUGAUUACAAUGGCGCUACACCACUUAGAGAAACAUACGCUUUCGGGGCCCAAUAAGAUUUCCAAUAACACCACGGGGUACUGGGUUAUUUGGCGUUACUGGUAUUAACGGACAGAGAUUAACGGCAGUUUAACGGCAAUAACACAGGGAUUCGGUCAUUUAUUUGAUAGCAGUUGAUCCAGUUCCAGAUGAUGAAUACAUGGGCGGGAUAAAAAAAAAAGACAAUUCAUGUAUUAACAUAAAAGGUCUAGUCUUACUUGCUAAAAUAAACUAUUAUUUAAAAUAAUUCAUUUGUUAAUUUGAUCAGUUUAAAACUGAGUUUUAUUUCAGACCCCAAGUUUAAUUUUAGGCUUGCACAAAACUGCCAGCAAAAUAUAAGUUAGGCCUACAUGCAUCAUUGAUCAGCACCGUGUUCUUUACAUGAAUGCCUUUUUAUUUUGUAGAUGUGCUUCAGAUGUGAGGUGACCUUCAAAAACCAAUUCACCAUUUCGAAACAAUAAAACACAAAACACAUCAGAAUUCUUUAUUCUUUAUUUAAUUUAAAAUCAAGGGGAAAGGACAAGUGUGUACCAACGUGAACCCUAAUCGGUCGCUCACAGGGCGGGAACGGAUGACUGCUGGCAAAUGAUUGGCAGCUCUGCCCUACAUCAGACACCAUGGCUGACCAAUCACAGCAGAGUAUCAGAGCCCUUCUCGGGCAUCCCGCUCACCUAAAGAGGCGCGCUGUCAGAACGCCUCUCAUACGGUGUCCGUCACCGCGCCAACGAGGUGUACACUUGUUUAACUUUUUAUUUAUUUAUAUUUAAAUAGUUUUAAUCGCCGGCCAGAUGGUGUUCAGGUCACCACUGGAGCUUUUCUCCGCCUCUCGGCUGCUCCUGCCCCACUUCACCGACGGGGGGACCUUCCAGUCGGGGUCCUGCUCCCCGGAGGAGCCCGUCUCCACCUUCCCUCCCUUCGCCUUCCCCGGCCUCUGCUUCUCGGCCGCGCAGGUGGCCAGCGUCUGCGAGACUCUGGAAGAGACCGGAGACAUCGAGCGCCUGGCCCGCUUCCUCUGGUCCCUCCCGGUGGCCACGGGCGCUUGCGACUCCAUCUCGGAGCAGGAGUCGGUCCAGCGGGCUCGUGCCGUGGUGGCCUACCACACGGGAAGCUUCAGAGAGCUCUACCACAUCCUGGAGACGCACCGCUUUACGCGCGCCUCUCACGGUAAACUACAGGCCAUGUGGCUCGAGGCGCACUACCGCGAGGCCGAGAAGCUCCGCGGGAGACCGCUGGGGCCGGUUGACAAGUACCGCGUGAGGAAGAAGUUUCCGUUGCCCAGGACCAUCUGGGACGGGGAGCAGAAGACGCACUGCUUCAAGGAGCGCACGCGGGGGCUGCUCCGGGAGUGGUACCUGCAGGACCCCUACCCCAACCCGGGGAAGAAGCGGGAGCUUGCGCACGCCACCGGGCUGACCCCGACGCAGGUCGGCAACUGGUUUAAGAACCGGAGACAGAGGGACCGCGCGGCGGCCGCCAAGAACAGGUUGCAAAACCACGGCAUGGGGCGUGAGGGUGCGCGCUCACUCAGCGGGCCAGACUGCAGCCCGGACAGCCCUGACGGGGACGCGCUCCUCUCGGUGACGGACAGUGACUCGGACUUUGACGUGUGAGACGAUCCACGGAGCGCUCGCGCUGCUAAAUAUUCCAGACACAAUAUACAAACCCAGUACCACCACACUCUCCCUUCCCUCCUCCUCCUCCUGUUCGGGAUCCAAACGGGAAGACCAGAGGAUGGAAUGGCCUGUAUAUUUAUCCAUCUAUAUCCACUCUUCUGCGAAGAGGAGGCACGCUAUAGGCCAUCGAAUAAAGAGGACGUGAGACGAAAUGUGACCCGUAAUGUGACCCGUAGAGACAAUCCAAAACCACGGAAAAAGCCUACCUCGAAACCAGCAUGUCAGUGUGUUUGUGAGCCCUCGUUGUACCUCAUCGCCUUAACCUUUCCUCCAUGGGCACACUUUGUUCUUUCUUUUGCUUAACGUCCGUCAGUGGAGCGCUCCAGUGUGUGUGUGUGUGUGUGUGUGUGUGUGUGUGUGUGUGUGUGUGUGUGUGUGUGUGUGUGUGUGUGUGUGUGUGUGUGUGUGUGUGUGUGUGUGUGUGUGUGUGUGUGUGUGUGUGUGUGUGUGUGUGUGUGUUGGGGCUCACUUCCCUAAUGUGUGUUAUUGUUAAAAAAAUGUGUUGACAUUUUAUGUAAAUAAAUUAAUUUAAUAUACGAGUGA